CCCACUUCUCCCGGCCCAGCACAUUAGCACACCUGUGCGCCUCAUGCGGCAGCCACACACCAUUGUCAAAUUGCUUUGGCACACAAAAUGCAAAAAACACGCAUUCAACACCCACGAGACUCAUUUGUGGGCGAAAUUGUCAGUUAGCCGGGUUCGAAACCAAGCAGCCACAUCUUAUCUGACUCAAUGAGAAACCAACUUGAGUUUUGCCGGCCGAGAUAAAUCUCCCGUUAUCUGAGUGUAAGACUCUCAUUGGAUUCGUGCCUCGGCUCUCGCACGAAACAAAACGCCUUGUUCGUUUUCUAUCAGCCUCUCUCGUUUACAGAGCUCUGUUGGCAACCGUCGGCUCUUAACAGCGGCAGAGAAUCGGUGCAAACAGUUCGUGGAGUGCACAGAUAAGAAACACAGCGGCAGUUCUUAGGCUCUCUCCUCUCAUCUGCAGAAAAGUUAAACCGGUUUUCUCUUGCUCCCGCUCUCGUGUAAACGAACAUCUCUCCGAGCCAUGCCAUGUUAACUCGCGACGAAGCUGACGUCACGUAAAUCGUUCAUACGCCGCGUUGCGUUAGUUCGAAAAAAAACGUGAAAGUGUGUGGACAUGUUGUGAGGCGCACCGUUGUUUUCAAUAGCAGCCAGCAGAUUCGCGCGUGCAAAUUUUCUCUCCCUUGCACCCUCCGUCGACGGUGGUUGUUGUUGCCGUUAUUGUUGCCGUUGUCGUCGUGCGGGCAACUUGCUUUUUCGGGGGCGGGGCACGCGGGUCAUCGCAAAUAGCAAAUAGCAAAAAACGUCAAUCGUUAAUCGGCAUCGGCGAAACGUGUGUGCAGAAUUAAUGAAAAUACUCGCGCCGCUUCAUCAAUGAAAACAACAAAAAAAAAACGAGACUAUACGCCAAAUAGUAUCUCAUAGAUUGCUUUAUAGCUGUGCUUUCGGUUCACGUUGUGUUUAGGCCAACAUUUUUGUUUGACAACAGUGCGUGCUAACGAACCUGGCUUCCAAUUGCCAAUUCAAUCGCGGUAACAAAAAUCUUGCCACAUUAACCGAAAAACCUGCCGCAUAAAUAAGGAUUAUACCGGCAGAACGUCAGUGGGGCAGAGAGUGAUUGGAUACACAUGUGUUAGCGGGCCCUCCAUCAACAAUAUGUUUGACAGCAAGUUCCGGCAUUGGAAUUGAAUUUAAUAAAAUAAAUUAAGCCACUAGGCGGAGUGGGUCAAAAGCACACAGUUUGAAUUGUUAAUGAGCAGCGGCAAAAAGUGUUAAAUGCUGAUGACGCUGACAGCAUUUUUGCUGCCUCUGCCGACGUCGCUGUCGCUGGUUCAACAGUGCUGAAAAGUCAAUUAAAGGCGAAUGCCGGAGUCUGGACUGGAAAGCCAUUGGCGAACUUGGCCAGAACGUAGUUAACGUGGUUAGUAGUGGAAAAGGAGACCAGAAACGAGAAGCAGCGAGUGGCGAGGCAAAAGCCAGAAGACAGCGAGCGUGUAAUGAGCAGACGACGGCCAAUUACCAUGUCGUUGGCCCCCCAUCUUGGCCAGGCUUUAAGCCUCUGCCUGGUCUUUCUGGCCACGAUGCAAGUGGCCCGGGGACUGGCCAACUGCCCGAAUGGCUGCGAGUGCGACGACGACACCCUGAUGGUCAAUUGCGGCGAGGGAACCCUGGACGUCCUGCCCAUCGCAUUGAACCCGGCCAUCCAGCGACUGGUGAUCAAGAACAACAAGCUGAAGACCAUCGACUCCUCCAUGCAGUUCUACGCACAGCUCACCUUCCUGGACCUGUCCUUCAACGACAUGGUUACCAUACCAGAGCGAUCGUUCGCGUACCACGCCAAAUUGCAGGAGCUGCACCUGGACCACAACAAGAUUGGCCAGGUGUCCAACAGGACCUUCCAGGGUCUGUCCACCAUAAGUGUUUUGAAUCUGCGGGGCAACCUGAUUGCCGAGCUGGAGUACCGCACCUUUUCGCCCAUGGGCAAGCUGGCCGAGCUGAAUCUUGGCCAGAACCGCAUCAGCCACAUCGAUCCGCAUGCCUUGGAUGGUUUAGUUAACCUGAGGGUUCUCUACCUGGAUGACAACACCCUGACCACUGUGCCGGGGGAAAUAACCUUCCAGGCGUUGCCUUCCCUGGCGGAACUCUACCUGGGCACCAACUCCUUCAUGACCAUUCCCGGUGGAGCCUUCCAGGAUCUCAAGGGGUUGACACGUUUGGAUCUUCGUGGAGCUGGCCUGCACAACAUCUCUGGAGAAGCUCUCAAAGGUUUGGAGGCCCUGCGAUACUUGGAUCUGUCGGAUAAUCGCCUGCCUGCGAUACCCACUGCUGCCUUCCAGAAACUGGGAAGGCUGGAGCAGCUGAACAUUGGCCAGAACGACUUCGAGGUGAUCUCCUCGGGAGCCUUCGCAGGUCUCCGCGAGCUGAGGCACCUGGAGCUGACCGGAGCGCAGAGAUUGAGGCGCGUGGAGAGCGGCGCCUUCAGCGGGAACUCGAAUCUGGAGCACCUGAAUCUGUCCAGCAACAAGCAGUUGAGUGAGCUGCCCGCCAUCGCCUUGGGUGGAUUACCCCAUCUCAGCACGGUGGUGCUGAAGGCCAAUCAGUUGAGCAGCCUGGACGAGGGUCUGGUGCCCUGGGCCGAUCUGCAGACCCUCGAUCUCUCCGAGAAUCCGUUCGAGUGCGACUGCCGGCUGCUGUGGCUGCACCAUCUCCUGGUCAGCCGGAAUGCCAGUGGCCAGUUCGCCCAGGUGGUGUGUGCCUACCCGACGACCCUCAGGGACUUGCCCCUGGCCCAGUUGGCCGAACCCCUCUUGGGCUGCGCCCGUGGAGCGGCCAGCAAGCAGGCGAUUAUCGGCAUCCUCGUGGUGGCCUGUGCCGCUCUGAUUACCACUUUGGCUUUGGUUCUGUACACCUGCCGUCGAAGGAUGAGGGAGAUGCUGAAGGGACACUCGGCGCUGGGCAGGAAGGAGCGGGAGUACCAGAAGACCUUCUCCGACGAGGAGUACAUGGCCAGACCGCCGCCAGGAUGCGGUGGAGUUCAUCCGGCUGCCGGGGGCUAUCCCUAUAUGGGCGGCAGCAGUCGGCCGAUUCCGGUCACCGAGCUAUAGCUAGAAGCACCACCCCCGCCUCAGCUGCGGGGUCGGGGUGGUGGUGCCAGCACCGCCAGCGGUGCAGUGCAGCAGCUCCAGGUGCCCAGUGCCGUCGACCAGGCCUCCAACUCCUUCGCCCAGCUCAGCCACAUCCACUACAUGACCAACAACGGACAGCACCCUCAAAAUCAGCAGCAACCACCAACCUCCAAGAUGCACCACUCACAGCAGGACAUGCGGAUGCUCACCUGCAACGGUGGCAAGCCACUGAACGCCGCCUCGCUGCCGCGCCACCGACCGCCGGUGGUGCAGGAGAGCACCCUCUCGCACUACAGCCAGCCACUUGCCAACGGUAUCCGACUCACCCAGGACCACUUCAACCACAACCAGAGCCAGGGACACAACCACCACUACGGUGGUGUCUAUGCCAAGCCGUGCGAUGCGAUGUCGGAACCGGGAUAUAUCCACAAUAAUUCCCACUACUCCCUACCCUUGGAUCACGACUUGCCACCAAGUCCCACGCCCACUCCACCACCACCCGCCCUCCCCCUGAGGAACGGAGUGGGCAUGGCCCUGAUCCACGGCAACACCACCGGACGCAGAUCCUUCAACAACAACAACAACAAUGUGUCCACUCUAUCGAACAACAACCAUCAUGGUGGCGGUGGAGUCGUCGCAGUGGGCAACAACAACGGGAGUCUGAGGCGGUACCACUGAUAUCCGGCCAAGACGUGCGGCACUCUGGGCCGCACCAUCAUAAAAUCGAGGCCGGAUCCGGAUAUCGAGCUGCAUUACUUUUACAAGGGUUGAGAAGGAAGUUAAGGAGCUGGCGAUCGAUCUAAUUUAAUCGGGACUGUUUCGGUUUUCGCUUUCGAAAAGAGUUACCGGGUGGGUAAAUUCCACUUCGAAUCGAAUUUUGAUAUAUAAUUAACUUGACAUUAAGCACCAGAAGCAGUUCAUCAGCUUAAAGAAUUUGAUAUUAAAAUAAGCCCCCUAAACUCUUACCGAAAACGAAAACCGUGGCAAACCUGAAUAUUCAUAAUCUAGUUGUAUAUUCCUACGUUACGUGUAUUCAAGCGAAAGCAUUUUGUAUAAAUUAGGAUUUAGUUCGUGAGGUUGUCGACCGGGAAAAGCGCAGGUAAAACGCAGGUGUAUAUAAGAAAAUCUUGCGCACAAUUUGGCAGGCAGAAUGGGUUGGCCAAGUUACUAGCCAACCCGCUGCAAAAGCCAUUUCAUUUGCAUACAGUGAUCUUAACUAUUAAGUUAUGCUCGAAAGCAUUUCAGUUAAUGUACAUAAUUAGAAGCUUCUUAUUAAUCGAUAAAACUUCAAAAGAAUACAAAAAAAAAAUUAAGCGAAAAUCUAAUUUUACUUUAUAAAAUAAUAAUAAAUAAGCUACUCGCUGAAGCACCAGUCAUUAAAACUAUGUAUGUAUUUAGCCUAAAGCUAUCACAAAAAUAUUCCAAAAAUAAACGAAAGCCCUAAACAAAGUGAAAAUAAAUAUGCAAAACUAAAAUAGAACACAACAGAUUUUUAUAGUUAAUAGACUCAGUAAAGAAUAAACUACUCAUCGGAAUAAUAAACAAAGAAACUGUUUACAAAGUGUAAAAUGGAAAAGCAGAAACUAUUGAAAACUCCGCAAUAUACAUGUAGAAUCUAUGCCGCAUUCACAAAUAUAAAUAAGCAAUUUAUGCAACAUAAACAAAUACAAAGUAAACUAUAUAUACGCAUUAUACGUGUAAAUAAAAAAAAGUAACUAUGCUCGAAAAAAACAUACAUUUUACCUCUUUUCAUUUCCCUUUUUACUUUUCAAUUUUCCAGCCUCGGCGGAGACUUUUAUUUCAGCAUUUUAUUUGAUUUUCUCUUUUCACUUUUCACUGCAACGAGUCGACAUCAUUCAGAUCGAUUGUACAUAUUUAACAAUUUAAUGGAACAAAUUGCAAAACCAAUACAAGGGAGUUAAAAGUAACCUACAAAUAAACGAAAACAAAGAUUACCAUAUAUAAUUGAAAACUUAUUCAAACGAAAAUUUCAUAUUCAUAUUUCAUAACGAAGCAGAUCUUUCAUCUAGUUAUACGACAAGACAACUAUGAAUAAAUUAAAUCAAUUCGAACUACAGUUUAAGCAAAUUACAAGGGACAAGCAUAGUUAAACAAACGAGCCAGAGAAAUGGUAUAAAAGUAUAAACAAAAAAUAGAGUGUAGUCCAAAACAAAUGAAAUUUUGUGGAUCAGCGUAUCAUUAAAACCAAAAGUCAAGCAAGAUGUCAUGCAAGGAUUUCUCUCAAUGUAAUGGAUAAAAGCAAAUGCGAAGAAAAUUGAAAAUUCAACAGUGUUCAAGAACUAGAGAAUAAAAUCAAAUAAAGAACAAACUUAACAAUAAA